GCGUCGUGCGAAAGCUCUAUAAGUUUGACAAACCGUUGCAGUCAACCGGCAUGCCGUUUUAAUCCUCAGUAAUUAUACAAGAUGGAAAUAACGGAAUUAGAAUCCGAUUGUUUAAAGAUGCCGAAUUUUCAAGGAACUUCUACUGGCGAUUUAGUUAAAAAGCGCGAAGCUAUCCGAAAGUCAACAUGUCGAAAAAAUGGAGCUAAUACCUUAAGUAGUAUUAACUGGAAAAACCAGCCGAAGAUUUCAAAUGCCUACUCAACUAACCAGCAGCCAGCUGCAAAUAUAACACCAGACACUCGGUCAAAAGGCAACCAAAAUGGCAGGAAAUAUAGUGCCCCUCAAAUGAGCACGGUUUUGCGCGAUGUAAAUCUAAUGGAGAACAUCGAGGCUUUGCGGCCGCCCUUGUUUAAAAAUGAUGUCGACUUAACACCGCGAUCGAAAGCAACUAUUGCUCCUAAGAUAACCCAAAGACUGAACUUCAAUGCCGCUCAAGUAAACUUUAAAAACUUGACACCCAUUAAUGUUAAUGAUUCAAUACUGAUUCAAAAUCAAUGCAAUUCAAACCAUAGCAGAUUGACAAAGCCUAACAAAGUACCAUCACCGGAGCUGUGCCAUUGGCUGGAGCCUCUUCCACCAUUGAAACAUUCUAUACCUGAACCAGAAAUUACGCUAGAAUUUUGUGACCAAGAAUUUGACCCAUUUGAUUGUUAUCUACUGUUAUUAAAUAGAUGAUGUGUAUGUACAUAUAUA